ACAGGGAGACCGGGAGAGAGAGACAGGGAGACACAGAGACCGGGAGGGAGGCUGAGAGAGACAAGGAGAGCGGGAGAGGCCGGUCCUGUCCGCUGGUACCCGGUGGUGUCGGUCCCGGGCGAGCGGAGAGGUUGCGGAGCAUGGCCCGCAGCCCCGGCCUGCAGCUGCGCUUCCUGGCGGCGGUGACGACAAUGCUGCUGCUGCUGCUGCUGCUGCUGCUGCCCUCGGGGAGGGCCUCCCGGCAGAGGCGGCAGCACGAGCAGCAGCAGCAGCGGGACCCGGAGUCGGCGGCGCAUCGAUGCUUCUGCCAGGUCAGUGGUUAUCUAGAUGAUUGCAUCUGUGAUGUGGAAACCAUCGACAGCUUUAACAAUUACAAGCUUUUUCCAAGACUGCAAAAACUUCUGGAAAGUGACUACUUUCGGUACUACCAGGUGAACCUGAAAAAGCCUUGCCCCUUUUGGAAUGAUAUCAGCCACUGUGGAAUAAGAGACUGUGCAGUGAAACCCUGCCAAUCUAAUGAAGUUCCCGAUGGGAUUAAAUCUUCAAGUUAUAAGUAUUCGGAAGAAGCCAAUACUCUCACUGAAGAAUGUGAGCAGGCUGAGAGACUAGGAGCUGUUGAUGAAUCUUUGAGUGAGGAAACACAACGAGCUGUUCUUCAGUGGACCAAGCACGAUGAUUCUUCAGACAGCUUCUGUGAAGUUGAUGAUAUACAGUCACCUGAUGCUGAGUAUGUGGAUUUACUCCUAAACCCAGAACGAUAUACAGGUUACAAGGGACCGGAUGCCUGGAAGAUAUGGAAUGUCAUCUAUGAGGAAAACUGUUUCAAGCCACAGACAAUUAAAAGGCCUUUAAGUCCUUUGGCUUCUGGUCAAGGGAAAAGCGAAGAAAACACUUUUUACAGCUGGCUGGAAGGCCUCUGUGUCGAAAAAAGAGCUUUCUACAAACUCAUUUCUGGUCUACAUGCAAGCAUCAACAUUCAUCUGAGUGCCAGGUAUCUUUUACAAGAUACUUGGUUAGAAAAGAAGUGGGGACACAAUAUUACCGAAUUUCAGCAGAGGUUUGAUGCAGUUCUGACUGAAGGAGAAGGGCCAAGAAGACUUAAGAAUUUAUACUUCCUCUACUUGAUAGAAUUAAGGGCUCUAUCUAAAGUAUUACCGUUCUUUGAACGUCCUGAUUUUCAGCUCUUCACUGGAAAUAAAAUUCAAGAUACAGAGAACAAAAAAUUACUCCUGAAAAUACUUCAAGAAGCCAAAUCUUUUCCACUGCACUUUGAUGAGAAUUCAUUUUUUUCUGGAAAUAGAAAGGAAGCUAAUAAACUCAAGGAGGACUUUAGGCAACAUUUUAGAAACAUCUCACGAAUCAUGGAUUGUGUUGGUUGUUUUAAAUGCCGCCUUUGGGGAAAAUUACAGACUCAGGGUUUGGGUACCGCUUUGAAGAUCCUAUUUUCUGAGAAGCAGAUAAAAAAUAUUCCAGAAAGUGGCCCUUCUUAUGGAUUCCACCUAACAAGACAAGAAAUAGUAUCACUCUUUAAUGCUUUUGGAAGAGUUUCAACAAGUGUGAAAGAAUUAGAAAACUUCAGGAAUUUGUUACGAGAUAUUCAUUAAGGAAAGGAUUAUAUUAAAAUGUACUUUUUGGGGGUAAGAUGAAUUAUUGAAAAUAGGUUGCUUAUAUGGAACAAUAGUAAUGGGAACCUUCUGGGAAUUCAUUUUAUACAAGGCUAUGUUUUGUAAAAAUUGUUUAAAAUGGGCAUAUCAUAUUGUAUAAAUUGAAGGUGCCAGGGACACUGAAUAAAGGCGGGACUGUGAAUCACAGGAGGCUCCACAAGGGCUACGUUUGGAUUUUUUUACUCAGACUGCACAGCAAAGCUAGACGUCGGCUGCAUCCGUCAUGUGUGAGGAAAACGUCGUAAGAAUGAUACUGUCACUGGAUGACUAGGACGCAUUUCCAUAAUCUGCAACACAAAGUAUUUUGGCUCCAAACUCACACAGUGAACAGUUGUCUUCUGCAUUUUGAAGAUUCAGCAUCGGACCUUUCAAAGACGCCAUGGGUCCCGAAAAGUUUGUCUGCUAAAAGUUGUAAAGUUUUAUGCCCCUUCUCUUGAAGCAGCUCCUUUGCAGCAGCCCUCUGGAUUAUGUUUUCAAGCUCUCCUGUCCCAAGAUUCGUCACUUUUCCAGGACUCCUAGCUCAACCCCCAGCUCUGACGUGACUCUCCUACUCUGUUUUACAAGGAUAGCAGGGAAAGGCAUCGGAGCAGCAGCAAGAGCCUGGCCCAAGUUAAUACCUCUCCCCUCUCUACCCCCCAGGGUCGAUUCUCUACUAAUUACCAAUAUGAUACAGGUCUUUGGAUGAGGCAUACAAGAUAAGACAGCACUAGUUCAUGGUAGAAUUUGCAAAAGGCCUAUCUUGAAGUGAAAGAAGGGCUUGUGGCUGAUUUUUUAAAAAUACCAUCUGCUUUCAGGGAAAACAGUACUUGCCUAAUGUGUAGUAUAGAGCUAAGGGUGAUUGUUGAAAGAAAGCCCCCUCUCCUUCCUGCCACAUUUUAAAAUAGAACUGGGCCAGAACCUCUUUUAUAAGUUUCCACACUUUGUCUGGUUUACGGGUUUAAGUCUAUUACAGAACAGGCUCUGGUUUUCUGGCUAAUAAGUGAACUGUAGCCGUAUAUAAUUGUGAGAGGACUUCAAACUAAGCUAUUCUUGUUCUUGUCCAAGUUAACAUGUUUAGACAAUGUAAUUACCACUGCCAAAAAAAA